UUCGCUGACGGUGAAUCAUCCACGUGCUUGACGGUUUACAAAAACGACGGUGCUCCGGCGGUGUUCCAAUCCCCGAAAUGCCCUCGCUGGAGACUCUUCGAUUACGAUUCUUCUCCUCGAACUGCAACGCGUUGUCAAUCUUCGAUGCUCCAGGGUCGAAGAAAAUCACAAGAGGAUCGCACUCUCUGUGUACUCGAUGUUCGCAUUCCAUUCCCCGGUACGAUGGGGAUCAGGGAGGUUGUAGUUGGAAUUGUGGCGGUUUUCGAUGGACAUAACGGUGCUGAAGCUAGUGAGAUGGCGUCAAAACUUUUGAUGGAGUAUUUUGUUCUGCAUACUUAUUUUCUUCUUGAUGCAAUGUAUUCUGUUGUAUCAAAGACUUCCACAGGAAAAUUGCUUCACAGGCGAGACCAUGAUCACGGAAACUUAUUGCAUAGGUGGAAAGAGAUUUUAGGUUGGCAAUGGCAUGAACUGCAUUCUGAAAGGUGGUUUUGCAAUUGCAUUGCAGCUAUAGUUCUACAUUUUAUUAAUAGCUAGCACUAGAGAGGUGUU